AUGCCCUCCAUGAGCAAUUUGGAGUCUGAGUUAGAUAUUAUCAUACUGGACGAGAGGGAAAUGGAGGAAAUAGGGAAAACACUGGUGCAGGGAAUAAGCACAGCGCCUAAAAGGGCAAAAGCAGGGAUGGGCUAUGAAGAAAUUCUGAAGAGCGAAAUGCAAAUUAAUUCCGUUACCUUUUCGUACACGUUUGAAGAAAUAUUUAAUAAAGAGCUUAGGUGGAGAAAAGCAGCAGAAGAGCUCCCGAGGAAAAGAAAGGCUGAGUCUCCAGAUGAAAAUCUAAUCAAUGCUAUUUCGUACCAAAAGAAAGAUCUCGAUGGGUCCUCGGUCUUCCAAGAGAAACAGAGCAACAGCAUCCUCACUAAGAAGCUUGGGCACUUGAAAAGAAGAAGAAGCAACUCCACACAGCCAGCCCACCACUGGUCGCGCGCGAGCACAAUCAGCAAGUCAGAGACAGACAUGGUGUGCACCUCGCACAAGGAAGAGCAAGUGUCCUCGUGCGUUCCCAAUGCGCUGCCCUCCAUAGGAACGGGCCCCUCAGAUAGCAUCUUCCGCGUGUCUAUAGGAACUGUAGCCUCUCUACUGGGAAAGCCUGGAUUUGUUCUCAUUGACUGCAGAUUUGAGUACGAGUACACAGGCGGACACAUUCAGUCUGCGAUAAAUAUAACCACACAAAAAGAAAUCAAAAAGCUGUUCAACGAUCUUCUGGACGAGGGAAAAGACUCCUCGCUGAUCAUCAUAUUCUACUGCGAGUACUCGUCAGUUCGCGCUCCCAGACUGGCAAUUUCUCUCCGAAAUGAAGACAGACUGAAAAGUGCGUAUCCCUAUCUUAAGUUCCCCAAUGUGUAUGUGAUGGAAGGGGGGUACAGAGACUUCUACAAAUCCUACUCGAAAUCCUGUGUCCCAUGUAGCUAUAUUCCCAUGUGA